AUGUUCCGGGUAACUGGUAAAAAAAGUAUCCGGAAGCUAUUAAAACACGAACAGUGUGAAGCGCCACCACGCCUAGUACCAGCAGUCAGUGAUCUUCCUGGCACUGCCGAUGUAGAUGAAGAUGUGGAAAAUAGUACAGAUAGGACAAAACCUUUUUUAUUGCUUACGAAGAAAAUAGAAAGUAUUGAAGGGGAGUUAUUGGAUCGCAAAGAUGAGAUCCAGCGAUUGAUAAAAAUCAGUGAACAAGAAAUGCCGCAACUGGAUAACGAAACUCAGAACACUGCAUGUGGGCAGGAUAAUGGCACUGAUCCAGAAUCAGUUGCAACAUCUUCAGAACACUCAGACGAUACACCUCCACGCUUGACUGCUGCGCAAGCUAACACAUUUUUAUCGACUUUGUUGGAUGGAGACGAUAGUCGAGGAGAGCACUGUGACGACAAUGCUUCGCCACCACCUUUAGACAAAUACGCUUCAACAUCUUCGCCUUCCGCUACAGUUUCAGUUAUGAAAGAUUCGACGUCAUGGUCUUUACGUUUAAGAAAACGUCAGCAUCAAUUUCCUUUGCCUACAUCUGAAGCUGGUCCUUCAGCUAAUAAAAACUGUCUGUCUGAAACCCAGUGGGUGGAUAGGUUGGUAGAAGUACUUGAAGAUUUCCAGCCCAGUCAAUUGCUACUGGCUAGAGAAACUGUUCAUUCUACCAUGGUUAGAGUGCUAGCCCAGGAAAUCACAUCUGAUUUAUCGUGUCUAAUGAGCAUUAUUGAAAGCGAAGACCGACGCGCUGCAGCAUUUGAACGAGUUCUUAGUGAUCUAAAAAAGUUUAAAGUUAAUUCUUCUCAAAAUUCUGUUCUUUAA